UAUUUAUCUGUUUAUAGAAAGAUAACAAAAGUUCAACAGAAAAAAAUGUUAGAACAACCAAUUCCAUUGCUUCUGCAGUUGAAUCUGAGGUAAGAAACAAAAAUAUGUAAUUGAAAUUAUUUUUUUUUCUUGUUUACUUUUUUUCUUUUUUAAUUGUGUAGUUUUUAACUAUUCAUUUGAUUGUAGCCUUUACCUACCAGAACCCAAGAGUGUAAUAUUCCUACAUCAACCAUAGAUACGACGGAAGUGAGGACAGCCUCAAAUACACCUGCUGCUUCAGAAAAUGUAGCAGAAGAAAUGGAUAUCUCUACUUUUUCUGGAUUAGAAGUAGGAAACACACCUACAUCCGUUGUUGAGAUGGAAACAAGGGAUAUCCUUCCUGAUGUAAGGGAUGGAGAGAAAAAUACCACCUCUGUAGAACCGAAUGAAACAUCAAAAAAGGUUCGAUGUAGAUUAUGUAAUUCUUAUUUUGAUAACAGGAAAGAACUUAUCCAUCAUAGAUUAAUGGUGCAUUUAUCUGGAAAAGGAGAUUAUCCUUGGGAGGAAAAUGAUGCACCCUGGAUCAAAGAUGGGAAUGUUGAUCAUGAAUUAAAAGAGUUUUAUAAUUUAUAUAAUCCUUUAAUUAGGGAAUACACAGAGCAAAAAACUUUAAAUGCGGUAUAUAAUUAUCCCCUUUCACCUUCUUUUACACUUGAUGAUAUAAUGGUAUUUGCAAAUAAGAUUUACAAUUUACAACAAAAAGCAUUUCGCCUUAAUCUAGUGUUUGGGUACAUUUUAUUUAAUCAAGAACUAAAUGAAUAUCGUUAUUUUAAACCUUAUCAAAACAGUGAAAUAUUUGAUUUUCCUUUAUACAUAUCGAAACGUAAAGAUCUCCAAAAUUUUGAGAGGAAAUUACAAGAAAUAAAUAUCUGUAGUUACGUAUUGAAAGAUCGUCCUAACACAAAAUGGAGAGUAGUUUUAGUUACAAAUGUUACAUUUUUUGUUUAUUUUUUAAAGCAUAUUUUAGGUGCACCAACCUGUUUACCAGAGUAUAUUACAAUGAAAAAAAAUGCAAUUAUUAGCCUUCAUAAAAAUCCCAAAGAUUCAAAACUUUACAAGGAUAAUUUAUGUUUAUUUAGAUGUUUGGAAUAUCAUAAAUUAAACUCUUUUCGUGAUGCAUUUGAAACACGUGUAAAGAAAUGUUUUGAAACUUGGUGUGAGUUUAUGUUUGAAAAAGAAAUAUAUGAUGUUCGAUAUAUAAAUGUUACAUCAUUUCAAGGUGUAGCUUUAGAGCAUAUUCCGCUUGUUGAAGAAUGUUUUAAGGUUAAUAUAGAUAUUUUUGAAUUAGAUCAAGAAGCAAACACUCAUAUAGUUUACAAGUCUCCAUCCAUCUAUGAUGAUCAGAUGUACUUGAAUAUGUAUGAGAAUCAUUUAUCAUACAUAACAAAUAUGAAACGGUAUGCAAAUAAGUAUGUAUGUUCACUUUGUCAAAAACAUUUUACUACUUGCAAAAAACUCCACCGACAUGAAAAGGGGUGCUCAAAUAAAACACUUCAUAUAUUUCCUGGGGGAUUUAAUGAAAUAAAAAACACAAUUUUUGAAACAUUAAGAGAAAUUGAUAUUAUUAUUCAAGAAGAUGAUGAAUAUUUUCCAUGGUUCAUUGUUUUUGAUUUUGAAGCUAUUUUAGAAAAAAGCAGUGCUUGUAAAUUAACUUCUAAAUUAGAACUUGAAAGAAUUCAUAAACCCAUUUCAGUUAGCAUAUGUAGCAAUGUUCCUGACUUUGAAAUGCCGUAUUUCAUAUUAAAUGAAGAUGUAGAAACAUUAUUAAGGGAAAUGAUAACCUAUAUGGAUUCAAUUUCACUAAAAGUUUUUCAGUUAGCACAAGAAAAAUGGUCUAUUGUUUUUGAAAAAUUGCAUAGGCUUUUAGAAUUUUGGAAACCAAUUGGUAAAAAUCAAAGCAGAAAUAAUGAUGUUAAUGAAACAAGUGAAAGAUAUGCACUGGAGUGUCAAGAUUUCGAACCUCCAUCAAAACGAUUUCUUAAAAAAAUUCAGAAAAAAAAUGUUUAUGAAGAUUUUCAAAAACGUCUUGCAGAAGGUGAUUGGAAAAUUGAUUAUAACGAUCAUUCUACUGACUCUGAUGGAACUGAAAGCGAGACCGAGUCUUUGAAUGAAUAUGAUUUGGAAAGUGAAGAUAUUGUUAAUGAAAACAACAGAAUUCGAAAUAUGAUGUAUAACUAUGUUCAGAAAUUAUUAACAAAUUUUACAAAUUAUUGUAUGCAAACUCCUGUUUUAGGAUUCAAUUCAAGUAAAUAUGAUAUAAAUCUUGUAAAAAAUAAACUUACUAAAGUUUUAGGUAUGCAUGAAAAAAAAAAAUCUUAUGCUAUAAAACGAAAUAAUUCAUACACUUGUAUUGCAACUUCCAGAUUUCGAUUUUUAGAUAUGAGUCAAUUUAUUGCUCCUGGAACAUCAUACGCUAAAUUUUUAAAAGCGUAUGGUGUUGAAGAAGAAAAGGGUUUUUUUCCUUAUGAAUGGUUUGACAGCAUUGAAAAACUUAAUUAUCCAAAACUACCAGAGAUUGGAGACGCUUGGUUUUCAACACUUAAACAGAAAAGUAUUUUAGAUGAUGGAAAACAUUCUAUCGAAGAAAAUUAUUUAUUUUUAGAAGAAAUUUGGAAUCGAUUUAGUAUGAAAUCAUUUAAAGACUUUCUGCAAUGGUAUAACAAUUUAGAUGUAAAACCAUUUGUACAAGGAAUUAUAAAUUACUGUAAGUUAUACUGGGAAAAAAAGAUUGAUAUUUUCAAAAUUGCAGUUUCAAUUCCAGGAAUCGCAAGGUUGAAUUUGUUCAAUACUUCUCAAAAAUGUGGUGCUAUAUUCCCACUAUUUGACUUUUCAACUGAAGAUAUUUAUCGUUCUAUUCAAGACAACAUAGUAGGGGGUCCUUCUAUUAUAUUUACAAGAUACCAUAAAAGUGGUGAAACUUUCAUCCGUAACAAUAUUGAUAAACCAUGUGGUCGAAUUGUAGGAUAUGAUGCAAAUGCACUUUAUCUGUAUUGCAUUGGUCAACCUAUGCCUGUAGGAUAUUUUGUCAUUAGACGUGAAAGCAAUAAAUUUAAGGCAGAAAAGAAAACCAAAUAUUAUAAUAUGUACAUUUGGAUGAAUUGGUUAAUCGAAACACACGGAUAUAAAAUUUUACAUAAAUUAAAUAAUAACCGUGAAAAACGGAUCGGACCGUUUCCAGUUGAUGGAUAUGACCCUUUUACAAAAACAGUGUAUCAGUAUAAUGGGUGUUACUAUCACGGGCAUUGUUGUCAUUUAAAUCGAUCAAUGAAUAGUAAUGAACGACUGAAACGAUUUAAUAAAACAAAAGAUUGUGAGAAAUACCUAGUUGAUUCUGGAUAUAAAGUACAAUCAAUUUGGGAAUGUGAAUUUUUACAACUUUUAUCUAAAAACAAAUCUCUUCAACAUUUAUUAAAUAAGAGUACACCAAACUUUUAUAAGAAAUGUAAAGGCAGAGCUACUAUGAAUCAGAUACUUAAAUCAGUAAAAAAAGAUGAACUUUUCGGAAUAAUUGAAUGUGACAUUGAAGUGCCGUCAAAGUGGAAUGACAAUGAUAAACCAAAUACAAGUUUAUCUCCUGAAGAUUAUUUUAGUGAAAUGGCUCCUCUAUUUUGCACGACUGAAGUAGCAUUUUCAGAGAUAGGUGAACAUAUGCAGACGCAUGCAAAAGAAAUAGGACUUUCUGAAAAUCCAAGAACACUUUUGAUAGGAGGGAAUAGGGCAAACAAAAUAAUGCUUGCUACACCACUUUUAAAGAGGUAUUUAGAAAAGGGUUUAGUAGUAACUAGAAUUUAUACUGUUAUCGAAUCUGCAUUUAUGAAAUGUUUUUCGGAAUUUACUAAAAAUAUAUCUGAUGCAAGAAGAAAAGGAGAUCGUGAUCCGACUUUAAGUGUUAUAUCUGAUACAGUUAAAGUUGAAGGAAACUCUGCAUAUGGAAGUUUGCUUUUGAAUAAAGAUAAGUUUACAAAUAUUUCUUUUGUUGAAGGUGUGGAUAAUGCAUCAAAGAAAGUUAAUGAACCCUUAUUUAUGAAAUUAACGGAAUUAGAUAACACAAAUAAUUUCUUCGAAAUUGAAAUGGCAAAGAAAAAGAUCAUACAUAACAUGCCGAUUCAGCUAGGAUUUUUUGUUUUACAGUAUGCAAAAUUACGUAUGCUAGAGUUUUAUUAUGAUUUUUUAGAUCAGUUUGUGGAUAGAACAGAUUUUGAGUUUAUGGAAAUGGAUACUGAUAGUGCGUACUUUGCAAUUUCCGAAUCUAGUUUAUCUGACGUUAUUAAACCACAUUUAAAAGACAAAUAUUUUAGAACAAUUAAUGAAAAUUGUACAGAUAAUCAUAAUGUUGAUUCUGUUGUAUGGUUUCCAAGAAAAUGUUGUAUGAAACAUGCAACAUAUGAUAAACGUACUCCUGGGUUGUUUAAACUUGAAUUUGAUGGAGAUUCAAUGAUUGGUUUGUGUUCCAAAACAUAUGCAAUUGUAAAAUCUGAUGAGGGAAAAGAGGAAGUUAAGUUUUCUUCUAAGGGUAUUUCAAAACGAAGUAUUCAAAAUCCAAUGGAAACAUAUAAAAAAGUUUUGGAUACAAGGAAUGGAGAAGAAGGAUUAAAUCGAGGGUUUCUAUUAAAGGAUAAUAAAAUCUUUUCAUACAACCAAACAAGAAAUGGUAUUACGUAUUUUUACUGCAAACGGAAAGUUUUAGAAGAUGGUGUUCAUACUUCUACUUUAAAUAUAACAAUGACACCACGCAAAAAGCAAAAACUCGAAAAGGAUUAGAUAUAUUAUUUCCUUUUUUUUUUUUUUCUUUUUUUUUCAUUUGUUACUUAUUUGCAUACCAUUUCAUAUACACUUAUUUGUGAUUUUUUUUUUUUUAUGUAAACACAUUUAACAAUGUGUAAUGAUUUUUUUAUUAAUUAAUAUUUAUGAUGUAGUUAUUUACUACAGUCUUAAUUAAUUUUUUAAUAUUAUGUGUAUGAGUU